ACCAAUUUUUCGUGGAAGGAGUGGACGCUGCUGUUAGAAGCAUGGCUUGCUAUUCUUCGAAGCCUGUGUACACCUACCAGUUCUCGUUCGUUGGUCCCCUCAGUGCAUACCCUGGGGGCCCAGGUGCAGCUCACACCGAUGACUUGAAAUACAUGCAUGCAGCAGACACUCUGGAUUCUGAUUCGGAUGGAGGUAUAAUCAGGGAUCAGAUGAUAAAGAUGUGGACAAACUUCGCUAAAUAUGACAAUCCAACGCCAGAACUGACUUCCCCACUGACGGAAACGUGGAGGGAAUACGACAAAUCUUCUCCUUACUAUCUGGAAAUAACGCGACCCCUUCGUCUCAGAACUAACUUGUCCGAGCCAUACAUGACCUUUUGGCACAACCUGCUACCGUGAUGACAUUUCAUGUGUCACUAAUAAGCACAGUAAAACAAUUUCGUACAAGUUGUCACUUGCUUAAACUGAAAAUUUUAAAAGCAACCAUUUUGCUGCUCUGUUACAGGUAGUAACAGAUAUUACUGCAGGACACAAGUAGUCAGACGGCAGAAUCUGUAUAAUAUGAAGUAAAGUAUAUUCACUCUAUUUUGUAACGAACGAAUUUACAAUAAUAGAACUGCAUUCUUCAGAGACACAGUUGCACUAAGCCGCCAGUAUGUUCGCAUG